UCUUACGACACGAAAAUGAUGAUUUSUAAGAGGAAWGGUGCACUGAAAGGAACUCAAAUAUACAUAAACGAAGACCUGACUAAAGAGAAUGCUAAACWUUUCAACUUUAUACGAAAGAAUUGUAAUGCCACCGUGAAGUCAGUGUGGGUAACAGACGGAAAGAUUCUAGUCAAGAAGAAUAAUGAUGGAAAAACACUGCGCAUACGGACAACUUCACAGUUGGGUACAAAAUAUUUUAAAAGAACACAAGCUUCUCAGCCUGAUCUCAAAGUUCUCAAAAAAGAAAUCAAAUCGCGGAUACUGAAUACUUUUCUGAUGUAAAGAAGUCUCAUCUGAAGUCUGAUCUACCGUCCUGAGAUAUAUUGCAACARUUCUUAAUUUCUUUUAAAUCCAAAUGGCCAACGAAACUCAUAUUGACAAAACAUGUUUCUUCCUCCAUCUUGAUACAUUAGUUGUACAGCAAGCCGUCGCCAGCUUCUACAUAAGUAUUGGAUUAAAUACUUCCAUGGCGCCUUUGGCAACAGUCUUCAACGCUGUUGUUCUGUUUGCAAUAUGGCGUACCAAGUCYCUCCACACACCUUCGUGUAUUUUACUUGGAAGUCUUGCCCUUUCGGACUUUUUUGUUGGUGCUGUCACACAGCCAGCUUAUGUGGCGUACAAGUUCGCAGAAGUCAAUGGAGAAUUCGACAAUUACUGCAUACGWGGAGUUCUUGCUCUUGGUUCGGCUUACGUAUUUGCUGGAACCUCUUUCUUGACCCUUCUGGCGAUUAGCAUCGAUCGUUACCUUGCGUUACAUUUAGGAAUGCGUUAUCGUCAAAUCGUCACGACAUCCCGCGUGACCAAAGUGGUCAUUAUAAUAUGGGUUUUUGGAUGUCUUUUAAGUUCUUCGCAAAUGUUUCUCGGCAGCAAGACGUUUGGUCGUGUUGUUUCAGGAAUCAUGAUCUUCUGUCUAUUAGUAACAGCAUGGGCUUAUAUCAAAUCGUUCAAAGCCCUUAAACUGCAUCAAGCCAAGGUAGGAACAAGUAGACAUGCCAGCCAAUCAGCAUACAGCAUCAAAGACAUCAAGAAAUACCGCGAAACCCUCACGGUCAUCCUGUACAUUAUAGUGUUGGUUCUGAUUUGCUAUAUUCCAUUUGUGUGUGCUAGUGCAGCUAUAGGAGUCAAGGGUUUCACCAGUGCUACGCGUGCAGCACGUAAUAUUGCCUCACCCAUCUCCUUCGCCAACUCUUUCUUGAAUCCAAUCGUGUACUAYUGGAAGCUGAAGGACAUUCGUCAUGCAUGUGUUAAUGCUGUUAGAAAGGUGUUGAAAAAAAAUGAAAUCAGUAUUAGCAGGACUGAUAAUUCCGUUGCCAGUAUGUCUUACGGAACUCAGGAUUUAGCGAGACCCGAAAACUAAAUGCGUUCACACAUUGUCUUUUGAUCACCGUGAAAGAAGGUGUAAGUAAAGUUAGUUCAAAGACCUUUUUGAAGUCCAAAAAACUUGCAUCACCGUUAAAGAAGGUGUAAGUAAAGCUAGUUCAAAGACCUUUUUUGAAGUCCAACAAAACUUGCAUCCUUUUCGUCAAGCUUCGGUACAAGCAACAGCAUAAUUAAAGGAACGAUGAAUCCAACGGACACUCAUCUGAACAAGCUAUUCGAAGGUCUUUGAUACCAUACUGUCGCCAAAGAACACAGCUGUAAAAAUUAAAAUUUUUGAUGUUUGUGUUGAAAAUAUGCUUUUCUAAGUUUUCUAGUGACGUCAUAGCAUAACCAUAUUGGAUGAUUCUAACCAAGAACACAUCGUUGGUUUAUCGAGGCUAGUCGUGUCAUCCAACAUGGCGGCCAUUUAGGCUUUAAAAYAUUUGUUUUGCAAUGUCUGCUUUCGGAAAUCAAUGUUUUUUGAAGUAAAACAAACGCUUUCAUACUCA